AUGGAGCGGUGGUCCUCUAGGUGGAAAACGAAACGGUGGCUCUGGAAUUUCACCAUAACAACCCUCGCACUGACUUUCCUCUUCCAGGCUAGUGAGGUCAGAGGAGCUGCUCCAGUCGAUGUACUAAAAGUUCUAGAUUUUCACAAUUCUCCAGAGGGAAUAUCAAAAACAAUGGGCUUUUGCACAAACAGAAAGAAUUCAAAAGGUUCGGAUACUGCUUACAGAGUUUCAAAGCAAGCACAACUCAGUGCUCCAACAAAACAAUUAUUUUCAGGAGGAACUUUUCCAGAAGAUUUUUCAAUAUUAUUUACAAUAAAACCCAAAAAAGGAAUUCAGUCUUUCCUUUUAUCUAUAUAUAAUGAGCAUGGUAUUCAGCAAGUCGGUGUUGAGGUUGGGAGAUCACCUGUUUUCCUGUUUGAAGACCACACUGGAAAACCUGCCCCUGAAGACUAUCCCCUCUUCAGAACCGUUAACAUCGCUGACGGGAAGUGGCAUCGGGUCGCAAUUAGCGUGGAGAAGAAGACUGUGACAAUGAUUGUUGAUUGUAAGAAGAAAACCACAAAACCACUUGAUAGAAGUGAGAGAGCAAUCGUUGACACCAAUGGAAUCACGGUUUUUGGAACCAGGAUUUUGGAUGAAGAAGUUUUUGAGGGGGACAUCCAGCAGCUGUUGAUCAUAGGUGACCCUAAAGCAGCAUAUGACUACUGUGAGCAUUACAGUCCAGACUGUGACUCUUCAGUACCCCAGGCCGCUCAGGCUCAGGAACCUCAGGUUGAUGAGAAAAAGAAAUCCAAUUUCAAAAAGAAGACGAGGACAGUGGCCACUAACUCAAAGGAAAAGUCCAAAAAGUUUACACCCCCUAAAUCUGAAAAAUUUGCAUCCAAGAAGAAGAAAAGUUAUCCAGCAACAGCAAAAGCCAAAGUAGGGGUAAAGGCAAAUAUUGUUGAUGAUUUUCAAGAAUACAACUAUGGAACAGAGGAAAGUUACCAGACAGAAACUCCUAGGCAUGUAUCUGGAACAAAUGAGCCAAAUCCAGUUGAAGAAGUAUUUACUGAAGAAUAUCUAACUGGAGAGGAUUAUGAUUCCCAGAGGAAAAAUUCCGAGGAUACACUAUAUGAAAACAAAGGAAUAGACGGCAGGGACUCUGACCUUCUGGUAGAUGGAGAUUUAGGCGAAUAUGAUUUUUAUGAAUAUAAAGAAUAUGAAGAUAAACCAACAAGCCCCACUAAUGAAGAAUUUGGUCCAGGUGUUCCAGCAGAAACAGAUAUCACAGAAACAAGCAUAAAUGGCCACGGUGCAUAUGGAGAAAAAGGACAGAAAGGAGAACCAGCAGUAGUUGAACCUGGUAUGCUUAUUGAAGGACCACCAGGGCCUGCAGGACCUGCGGGUCUUAUGGGUCCCCCAGGUCUACAAGGCCCCACUGGACCCCCUGGUGACCCUGGAGAGAGGGGCCCCCCAGGACGUCCUGGCUUACCAGGGGCUGAUGGUCUACCUGGUCCUCCUGGGACCAUGUUAAUGUUACCGUUUCGUUAUGGUGGCGAUGGUUCCAAAGGACCAACCAUCUCUGCUCAGGAAGCUCAGGCACAGGCGAUUCUUCAGCAGGCUCGGAUUGCUCUGAGAGGUCCACCUGGCCCAAUGGGUCUAACUGGAAGACCGGGUCCUGUGGGGGGGCCUGGUUCAUCUGGUGCCAAAGGUGAGAGUGGUGAUCCAGGUCCUCAGGGCCCUCGUGGUGUUCAAGGUCCACCUGGUCCAACGGGAAAACCUGGAAAAAGGGGUCGUCCGGGUGCUGAUGGAGGAAGAGGCAUGCCUGGAGAACCUGGGGCGAAGGGUGAUCGAGGAUUUGAUGGACUUCCGGGUCUGCCAGGUGACAAAGGUCACAGGGGUGAACGGGGUCCGCAAGGUCCUCCUGGUCCCCCUGGAGAAGAUGGAAUGAGGGGAGAAGAUGGAGAAAUCGGACCAAGGGGUCUUCCAGGUGAAGCUGGUCCUCGAGGUUUGCUGGGACCAAGGGGGACUCCAGGACCUACAGGGCAGCCUGGUAUUGCAGGUGUAGACGGCCCCCCAGGACCAAAAGGAAACAUGGGUCCCCAAGGGGAGCCUGGACCUCCAGGUCAGCAAGGGAAUCCAGGACCUCAGGGUCUUCCUGGUCCACAAGGUCCAAUUGGUCCUCCUGGUGAAAAAGGACCACAAGGAAAACCAGGACUUGCAGGACUUCCUGGUGCUGAUGGGCCUCCUGGUCAUCCUGGAAAAGAAGGCCAGUCUGGAGAAAAAGGUGCUCUGGGUCCUCCUGGUCCACAGGGUCCUAUUGGUUACCCUGGUCCCCGAGGAGUAAAGGGAGCAGAUGGUGUCAGAGGCCUCAAGGGCUCUAAAGGUGAAAAGGGUGAAGAUGGUUUUCCAGGAUUCAAAGGUGACAUGGGUCUUAAAGGUGACAGAGGAGAAGUUGGUCAAGUAGGUCCAAGAGGAGAAGAUGGCCCUGAAGGACCCAAGGGUCGAGCAGGUCCAACUGGAGACCCCGGUCCUUCUGGGCAAGCAGGAGAGAAGGGGAAACUUGGUGUUCCAGGAUUACCAGGAUAUCCAGGAAGACAAGGUCCAAAGGGUUCCACUGGAUUUCCUGGGUUUCCAGGUGCCAAUGGAGAGAAAGGUGCACGGGGUGUAGCUGGCAAACCAGGACCUCGGGGUCAACGUGGCCCAACGGGUCCUCGAGGUUCAAGAGGUGCGAGAGGUCCCACGGGGAAACCUGGUCCAAAGGGUACUUCAGGUGGUGAUGGCCCUCCUGGCCCUCCUGGUGAAAGAGGCCCUCAAGGACCUCAGGGUCCAGUUGGAUUCCCUGGACCUAAAGGUCCUCCUGGACCACCUGGGAAGGAUGGCCUGCCAGGACACCCUGGACAACGUGGAGAGACUGGAUUUCAAGGCAAGACUGGCCCUCCAGGACCAGGGGGUGUCGUUGGACCACAGGGACCAACGGGUGAGACUGGUCCAAUAGGUGAACGAGGACAUCCUGGCCCUCCCGGCCCUCCUGGUGAGCAAGGUCUUCCUGGUGCUGCAGGAAAAGAAGGUGCAAAGGGUGACCCCGGUCCUCAAGGUAUCUCAGGGAAAGACGGACCAGCAGGACUGCGUGGUUUCCCAGGUGAAAGAGGUCUUCCUGGAGCUCAGGGUGCACCUGGACUGAAAGGAGGGGAAGGUCCCCAGGGCCCACCAGGGCCAGUUGGCUCACCAGGAGAACGCGGAUCAGCGGGUACAGCUGGCCCAAUUGGAUUGCCAGGGCGUCCAGGACCCCAGGGUCCUCCUGGUCCAGCUGGAGAGAAAGGUGCUCCUGGAGAAAAAGGUCCCCAAGGCCCUGCAGGGAGAGAUGGAGUCCAAGGCCCUGUGGGUCUCCCAGGGCCUGCUGGGCCUGCAGGCUCACCUGGAGAAGAUGGAGACAAGGGUGAAAUUGGUGAACCAGGACAGAAAGGCAGCAAGGGUGACAAAGGAGAAAACGGUCCUCCUGGACCUCCAGGUCUUCAAGGUCCUGUUGGUGCCCCUGGAAUUGCUGGGGGUGAUGGUGAGCCAGGUCCCCGAGGUCAGCAGGGGAUGUUUGGACAAAAGGGUGAUGAGGGUGCAAGAGGUUUCCCAGGACCUCCUGGUCCAAUAGGUCUUCAGGGUCUGCCGGGCCCACCUGGUGAAAAAGGUGAAAAUGGGGAUGUUGGUCCCAUGGGUCCACCUGGUCCUCCAGGCCCAAGAGGCCCUCAAGGUCCCAAUGGAGCUGAUGGACCACAAGGACCCCCAGGAUCCAUUGGUUCAGUUGGUGGUGUUGGAGAAAAGGGUGAGCCUGGAGAAGCAGGGAACCCAGGGCCCCCUGGGGAAGCAGGCACAGGCGGCCCCAAAGGAGAAAGAGGAGAGAAAGGAGAAGCUGGUGCACCUGGUGCUGCUGGACCUCCUGGUGCUAAGGGACCACCAGGUGAUGAUGGCCCUAAGGGUAACCCGGGUCCUGUUGGUUUUCCCGGAGAUCCUGGUCCUCCUGGAGAACCUGGCCCUGCAGGUCAAGAUGGUGUUGGUGGUGACAAGGGUGAAGACGGAGAUCCUGGUCAACCGGGUCCACCUGGCCCAUCUGGUGAGGCUGGCCCACCAGGUCCUCCUGGAAAAAGAGGCCCUCCUGGAGCAGCAGGUGCAGAGGGAAGACAAGGAGAAAAAGGCGCCAAGGGAGAAGCAGGUGCUGAAGGCCCACCUGGAAAAACUGGCCCAGUUGGUCCUCAGGGACCUGCUGGAAAGCCUGGUCCAGAGGGUCUUCGGGGCAUCCCUGGCCCUGUGGGAGAGCAAGGUCUCCCUGGAGCUGCAGGUCAAGAUGGGCCUCCUGGUCCUAUGGGACCUCCUGGCUUACCUGGUCUCAAAGGUGACCCCGGUUCCAAGGGUGAGAAGGGACAUCCUGGUUUAAUUGGCCUGAUUGGUCCUCCAGGAGAACAAGGUGAAAAGGGUGACAGAGGACUCCCUGGAACUCAAGGAUCUCCAGGAGCAAAGGGGGAUGGAGGGAUUCCAGGUCCUGCUGGUCCCAUAGGUCCCCCUGGUCCUCCAGGCUUACCGGGUCCUCAAGGUCCAAAGGGUACCAAAGGCUCUACCGGACCUGCUGGCCAGAAGGGCGACAGUGGUCUUCCAGGGCCUCCUGGGCCCCCGGGCCCACCUGGAGAAGUCAUUCAGCCUUUACCAAUCUUGUCACCCAAAAAAACAAGAAGACAUGCCGAAAACAUGCAAGCAGAUGCAGGUGAUAAUAUUCUUGACUACUCAGAUGGAAUGGAGGAAAUAUUUGGUUCCCUCAACUCCCUGAAACAAGACAUCGAACAUAUGAAGUUUCCCAUGGGUACGCAGACUAACCCAGCUCGAACAUGCAAAGACCUGCAACUCAGCCAUCCUGACUUCCCAGAUGGUGAAUACUGGAUUGAUCCCAACCAAGGUUGCUCAGGAGAUUCCUUCAAAGUUUACUGUAAUUUCACGUCUGGUGGCGAGACUUGCAUUUAUCCAGACAAAAAAUCUGAGGGAGUAAGAAUAUCAUCGUGGCCAAAGGAGAAACCAGGAAGCUGGUUUAGUGAAUUUAAGAGAGGAAAACUGCUUUCCUAUUUAGAUGUUGAAGGAAAUUCCAUUAAUAUGGUGCAAAUGACAUUCCUGAAACUGCUGACUGCCUCUGCUCGGCAAAAUUUCACCUACACCUGUCAUCAGUCAGCAGCCUGGUAUGAUGUGUCAUCAGGAAGUUAUGACAAAGCACUACGGUUCUUGGGAUCCAAUGAUGAGGAGAUGUCCUAUGACAACAACCCUUUCAUCAAAGCACUAUAUGAUGGCUGUGCGUCCAGAAAAGGCUAUGAAAAAACUGUGAUUGAAAUCAAUACACCGAAAAUUGAUCAAGUACCUAUCGUUGAUGUAAUGAUCAAUGACUUUGGUGAUCAGAAUCAGAAAUUUGGAUUUGAAGUUGGUCCUGUUUGUUUUCUUGGCUAA